GAGGCCCUAGCAAUAGCGCAUUCAGUCACUUGCUUAAGGCCUCUUGAAGAUGCAAACGUUCGGUUGGGUACUUGUCCUCGUUGCAGCCUCGCUGCUAACGGUUUAUAGCGGAGAGGCUGGAUGUACGGAUAGCACUUCCGGGCACAACUGCGAAAGUUGCUCAGGAUUCGUUUGUGACAACAGUAAGUGCAUUCCUGAAGAGUAGAAAUGUGACGGUGACGGUGAUUGCUCUGAUGGCGAAGAUGAACUUAAGGAUUGUCCCGUACCUGACUGCGAUGAGGACACGUUUUUGUGCAAGCCAUUGAACAAAUGUUUGCCCAAACGGUACGCUUGCGACAUGGACGCUGACUGUCCCGACGGGUACGACGAAGCCGAUUGCGAAACUCGUCCUUGCGACGGCUUCAAAUGCAACAACUUCAGGUGCAUUAACGGCGACUUUAAAUGCGAUGGCGACGACGACUGCAAAGACGGUUCAGACGAAGAGAAUUGCCCUGUUCCGGAAUGUGAUGACCCAAAGUUGCUCUGCGAACACAUGAAGAAGUGUCUUCGGGAAGCGGAUAUCUGCGAUAAACGCAGCGACUGCCCAGAUGGCUCAGAUGAACAAAAUUGCGAGGAAUACGACUGUGGAGAGUUGAGAUUCAAGUGCGCUAACAACAAGUGCAUCAAUAAAGACUACAAGUGUGAUGGAGACGAUGACUGUACUGACGGGUCUGACGAAGCCGACUGCACUCUUCCCGAGUGCGAAGACAGCCGUCAACUCUGUGCACCUAGGUUUAGGUGUCUUGACGCAACGAAUAUCUGCAAUACAAUUAAGAACUGUCCGGACGGGUCUGACGAGCUAAACUGCGAAGAGUACGAAUGCGGCGAAGAAAGGUUCAAAUGUGCUAACCACAAGUGCAUUAAGAAAGCGUUCAAAUGCGAUGGAGACGAUGAUUGCGGCGAUGGCUCUGAUGAAGAAGGCUGUCCCGUGCCCGAAUGUACCGAAGGCCAAUUCCUAUGUCUACCAAGAAAGAAAUGUUUGGCAAUGUCUGACGUCUGUGACCACGAAGUAGAUUGUCCAGACGGUUCCGACGAACAGGACUGCGAAAACUACGAAUGCGAGGGCUACAAGUGCAACAACAACAAGUGCGUGAACAGCGCGUACGUCUGCGACGGAGAUGAUGACUGCGGCGACAACUCUGAUGAAACAAAUUGCACACAUUAAGGUAAUAACAAACUGAUUUCUACUGUAAUUUCCAAUGUUCUGUUUGUGAAUUGGUUUUGUCGCAUCCAUAUGUAAGAUUCAGUGCUGUUGUAAUAGCUGAACUGUACUUUCUGUUUUGCAGAAACAUCAGUUUCCCGCAAGACUUUAUAUGGUUCAUUAGUGAACACGCUAUCGCUAGGACUUUAUAUACUCAAAUAACCCAAUGCUCUGCUGUAUAAAUA